GAUUGUCAAAGUCAAAACAAUUUCUUGAACUUUAUAGUACGAUAAAAAAUUAUAAAAAAAAAACAAUAACAAAUUAAUAUUUAUUUCAAAUGAUUAUCUAACUAUCGCGUAUAUAGCUUAAUAAAGUAUUAAAUCAGGGUACAUAAAUAUGGAAUCUCCUAAAGAAUCUCUAGAAAACGAUGUAUCCCUUCCCGAUUACUCGAAUAGUGUCUUAAAUAAAGAAAUCAACGAUAUAGGUACUACGUGUACCGAUUCAAAUAUUACUCUAAAAAAUGCAACGAAUUUUCAUCCGUUAAUGUCGCCGGUUACGCCAGAUUUUCCAGAUUUGAUACCGAAACAGGUAAAACUACAUAAUGCUUACGAACAUUUCAAUCCUCAUGCUCAUAGUACCGUAAUCGGAUCACAGGAAACUGGAAAUAAAGUUGACGAGCUCACAGAUGUCUCAAAUAGUCCUUCCGUUCUAAAAAAAUCAAUUUUGCCCGAGAUUCCAGUCGAAAUAACACAAGUUGAUGUUACUAGUGAUAAUGAAAAUGAUAAAUCCGUUUACGAAGCUCAUCUCAGUUCUAAUUUACAAAAUGUAUCUUUGAAAUUGAACGAAAAAGAAGGUAAUUUGAACUUUCUGGCCCACAACAAAAGAAGCAAUAAAUUGAGAAAAAUAAAAGUUGUACAAACUCAGGCGAGUGAUGAUAGUGACAUCUCUUCUGUGGAUUCCAACACUGAUAGUUUAAAGUCUGAAGAUGUUUUUAAUGGAGAAUCAGAGGAAUUUGCUAGAAAAUUGGAUGACGAAAACGCGACUCUUGAACCAAUAGAACCUCUUAGUGCUGCCGAUGAACGUUGUCACGCGAGAUACUGGCAACGUAUGGUACUACCGGGCGGUGAGCAACGUACUAUCGACAUGCGUGUAAUAGAACCUUACAAAAGAGUAUUGAGUCACGGCGGUUACCUCAGGGCUGGAGGAAAUACGGCGAUCGUGGUAUUUUCGGCUUGCUACUUACCAGAUAAAUCGAGAGUCGAUUAUGUUUACGUCAUGGAUAAUUUAUUUUUGUAUGUACUGUGGACGUUGGAACGUUUGGUAACCGAAGAUUACGUACUAAUUUAUCUUCAUGGUGCUGCUAAUAAACUUCCUUCGUUUGGAUGGUUGAAAAGGUGUUACCAAAUGGUUGGUAGAAAGUUGAGAAAAAACCUUUUCCACCUCUAUUUGGUCCAUCCGACGUUAUGGAUAAAAACAAUGAUGUUCAUGGCCAAACCUUUCAUUAGUUCAAAAUUCUACAGGAAAAUAACAUUUGUUAGUACUUUGAGGGAGCUUAUGGUAAGAGUACCAUUAGAAGCCGCUGCUAUUCCAGAUAAAGUUAAAGCUUUCGAUACCUUACAUUGCGCUAUUUAAUUCGUAGUAUUACAAAAUUUUUUUUGUAUAUUCGAUUCAUUCCUAUAGAAAGUAUUAUUUAAUCUUAAUAGUUUGAUAAAAUUUUAAUCACUGGUCCUUCGAGCCGGAUGUGAAUCAUAAUGUUGGCUCGAAGGACCAAAUAGUGUGGUCAGUUCCUGAAAGAUUUUGAUUCGAAUGUUACUGAAGUAAAGGAAGUUUUUGAAUUGGUCUAGUCGUGUUAUACAUCGAAUAAAACCUUUAUUUACAAGUAUUCUAUUUAUUUUAUAACAAUUUUCGUAUUUAAAAUGUCGGAUAAAAACAUUUUUGAAAAAUUUUAGUGGGUAAUAGAUGUUCUGUUAACUUUUUAAAGGUUUUUGAUUGUCGUGGUGUCUUAAAAAGGAGUUUCGGGUAGUUGAAAUUCAAAUUUAAAGAAAAUAAUUCAAUAUAAAUAAUUUUAAAUGAAAUAUUUGUAUUUAUAAAUAAAAAUGUGUACAUAUUGAAGCCUAAAUUGUCGCCAAUGAUGUACUUUUGUAAAUCAAUAAUAUAUAUGUUAAAAUAAUUAAUUUGUACUCGAUUUCAAUUAUUUAUUGUGAAUUUUUAUUUAUUUUUAGCAAUAAUAGCACUAAUUUAUUUAUUUAUUCAAUUUAAAAAUAUAUGUUUUCUUAUAAU